AUGCUGGACAUCACCGAAAUAAAGUUUGAUGAUUAUGAAACCACUACGUUUUAUACAGAACCAAACAACAAUGGCACGCCAGCUGGUGAAUUUCAUUUGAAUAAAACUUUUGCCACGAAUUCAACAUGGCUGGAUUACGACGCGGUGUGUUCAGCAGGUCAAACGGAGGACUUUUUGACAUCACCUUUAUUCCAAUCGUGUGUGUAUUUGAUGUACUGCACAGUAUUCAUUGUCGCGCUUUUAGGAAACGGACUAGUUUGUUUUGUGGUGCAAACGUCACCUCGUAUGAAAACGGUUACAAAUUAUUUUAUAGUGAAUCUUGCGGUAGGUGAUAUACUGAUGACACUGUUCUGUGUUCCGUUUUCGUUUGUGUCUAUGUUAGUGCUAAGGUAUUGGCCGUUUGGUGCCGUGAUGUGUAAAGUGGUGAAUUAUUCGCAGGCAGUGUCAGUUCUUGUUAGUGCUUAUACGUUAUUGGCUAUUUCUAUAGAUAGGUAUAUGGCAAUUAUGCGUCCUUUGCGGCCGCGCCUCGGAAAGGCGGCCGCUAAGUUCGUGGUGGCUGCGGUGUGGGGUGGCGCUCUGGCCACGGCUGCACCAAUUCCAAUAGUAUCGCAAGUGCAGCGACCAACGGAUUGGCAUCGAUUCUGUCAAACAGAUAUUUGCCUCGAACAGUGGGAACGCGAGCAAAGUGAGCAGUACACAUGUGCGUUGCUCGCGCUACAGUUCGUGCUACCGCUAAGCGCGCUCGUGUGCACAUAUGCGCGCAUAGCUCACGUUGUGUGGGGCGGACGCCCACCCGGGGAGGCUCAGUCGGUACGCGACACGCGUAUGCAACGUUCUAAAAGAAAGAUGAUCAAAAUGAUGGUGACCGUUGUUGCUGUGUUCACCGUGUGCUGGCUACCGCUCAACGUAUUCAUUGUUUUGUGGACCAUCCACGAGGAUGACGAGAGCUGGGCAGCGUGGCCGGGCAUGCCGUAUGUUUGGUUCGCAAGCCACUGGCUAGCAAUGUCACACUCCUGCUAUAACCCCAUCAUAUACUGCUACAUGAAUGCACGCUACAGACGGGGUUUUAAACAGGCCUUAUGUUGUUUGCUGCGUAUGCGCCUGGAUCCACCAUCGCGAUCAUACCAUCGUUCUAGUAUGUGUGAUGGAAUGCCCAUGUCUGAGAUGGUGGGCGUGAAUGGUAUAACGCGCAGAGGAACGUCCAGCAGCUAUGGCAGCCGGCUGCAGCGAGCACCGACCUGCUCAUCAUGUACCUCGAUUAGGCGAGGCACAUUAGCAGUUGGUAGCAGCAUCGGUGCCCCAACUCUUCGGCUCUCCACUAACCCACCUGUUCGGGCGGUUUCUGUUCGCACCCACUUCAAUUAA